AUGAUUAUCCGCAUCUGGCAGGCCAUUUGGCUGCUUGUUGGGGGGUUUCUUCUCCAUCGCCUUUGUCUAGUUAUCUAUCGGGUCUUCCUCCACCCACUGCGCGCGUUCCCCGGCCCUAAGCUUUAUGCGGCCUCAUACCUUCCCUACCUAUAUCAGAACAAGAUUGCCGGAACUUUCGUCAAAUAUAUACUUAGGAUCCACGAAAUCUAUGGCCCGGUCAUUCGCAUCUCCCCUAACCAUCUCGCCAUUGACGGAUCUAUCGGAUGGUCCGAGGUCUUCGCUCGUCAUUCUAACGUUCCCGAAUUUGAGAAGACACCAACCUUCUAUGGUCCAAGAAACGGAAUCGGCAUAUUACCUGCUCGCCAAGAGGACCACCAGCGUCAGCGCCGCCUUAUAGCAUAUGCUUUUUCCCCAGCCGCCUUAGCCGAGCAAGAGUCGUACCUUAAAUAUUAUAUCGAUCUCCUAAUGAAACGCUUAAGAGAGCGCAUGCUAACGGGGGACCCAGUCGACAUGGCUAGAUGGUACAAUUAUUUAACCUUCGAUAUUAUCGCGGAAUUGGCGUUUGCUGACCCGUUCAAUUGCCUCGAAAAAUCCGAUUGCCAUCCCUUGGUCUCUAUGAUCUUCAGCGGCAUCCGGGGUAAUGCCCAUAUAUCCUUCUUCGAGCAGUACCCCGUUUUACGCCCGUUGGUCAAUUUCAUGGCGACAAAAGACGACAUGGAAAAACGACGACAGUAUUACGCGAUGGCUCGUGCUAAGACAGAAAAGAGGAUCACACUUGGGGCCGACACCCGUAAGGAUUUCAUGACCUACAUCCUCCGUAAUAAUAAGGACGGAACAGGCAUGACUCAUGAAGAAAUUCUUGCCAAUACGCGCACACUGAUCGGCGCAGGCAGUCAUACCACGGCAUCCGCUUUGGCAGGACUGACAUUCUACUUGACCAAAUCUCCUGAGGUAUAUAGUAGGCUUACAGGGGAGAUUCGCUCGACUUUCUCAUCCGAAGAUGAUAUCAACAUGAAGUCUACUGCUGCUCUUCCAUAUCUCCAUGCCUGUCUUGAGGAAGCAUUACGUAUCUACCCACCCUUGGCAGAGACACCUCCGAGGGUCUCACCAGGUGCUUUUGUGAAUGGCCAAUACAUUCCUAAAGGAGUUCGGUUCUUCGGUUCCUCUAGUUUUAAAAAUGAAGAAAAUAUACUAACGACUUCGACAGACCUCCGUAUCGGUUUACCAAUGGGCCACGCAUCACUCGCCGCGUAA